AUGGCGCACUCGCUCUCGGUGAGAGCACGCAAGGCCGGCAAGGGCCGCUGGGAGGGAGUCUGCGAGGCGGUCCUGCCGGACACCCCCGCGGCGCUCGCAUUUGACAUCCUGAAGUGCCCCCUGAACGCCGCGAAUGUCUUUCGCUCCGUGCGCUCCAGCGCCGUGGUUGACGAUGGCCCCGAGCCCGAGGAACGCGGGCCGCAGUGGAAGACGAUCCGUCAGGUAUGGAAUCUUGGCUUCGUUCCGAUGCGUGGAGCCGGCUCGGCGCUCCUGGCGUUCCGAUCGGACGCGGACACCAGGAGCGUUGAGUAUCAAAUGAUCAAGUCGCCGCUUUUCAGGGACCUGAACGACACCUGGAUCGUAUCCGCCGCGCCUGGCGGGGGCACGAAGAUCAGGCGCAAGGUCUCGACGCACCCGCGGUUCCCGAACCCUCCGUUCAUGUCCAUGGAGGGCAUCCUGACCCGGAGCAUGAAGGAGACGCUGGACGAUUUCGCCGCGGAGGCCUCAAAGCGGAUCAUGCUCGCGAGCGCCGACGGCACGCUGUCCGCCGUAGCGGACGCGGGCCCGCACAGGAUCGGCCCGCACAGGAGGGACGAAGUGCCCAUCAGGGGCCACUGUGGCGCCAUUCACCUGCCCGCACUCGCACGGCUGGAGCCGCUGAGCGGCACCGAGCCACCUCUCGUGGCGGGCCUUCACGCGCCCCCCCUGGACCUGACCGCCGACGUCGGGAGCGGGUGCUCCGACUGGUCGGACGUCGACAAGGCUGGCCUCAUGCAGGACGACUCGACGUCCGAGGGCAGCGAGCAGCUCACCGACAGGUCCGACGCCACCACCGCCUCGGGGGACAUCACCCUCGAACAGGCGUUCGACCUGCGGAACCUGGAGCUCCGCCAGGCCAAGCUCUUCUCGUACGAGCUGCCGCAGGACACGGACUGGGGAUCGUUGCCCGCGAGCCCUUGA